AUGAUUGUCGGGUGCCCGAAAGAAAUUAAACCGCAGGAAGGGAGAGUCGGGCUGCUGCCUUUUGGCGUUGCUGAACUCGUACGAAAUAAACACACCGUCUUAAUUCAGAAGAAUGCUGGGCUCGCGGCGGGAGCAACAGAUGAACAAUACAGAGCAGCAGGAGCACAAAUUGUUGAAAAUGCAGAGGAAAUAUACGCACGAUCAGAUCUUAUCGUUAAGUCCUGUGCUUUCUUUGAUCUCUGUUGCGAUAACGUCUUGCCGCCCCCCACUGUAUGGCCUCCACGGAAGGCCAUAGAGAACAGGGCAGUACAUAAGGUCAAGGAGCCUCUUCCAUGUGAGUUUGUCCACAUUCGUUCGGGGCAGGUGGUGUUUACAUACUUCCAUUUUCCUUCAGAUCGUCAGUUGACGGAGGCGAUGUUGCAGUGCGAAGCUGUAUGCAUCGCCUACGACACUGUAGAGGAUUCUCACGGUCGUUUGCCGCUGUUAGAGCCCAUGUCUGAAGUUGCAGGCCGCCUCGCUGUACAAGAAGGAAUGCACUUUCUCUCGUAUCAUAAGGGAGGAAAGGGCGUUCUUCUUGGGGGGGUCCCGGGGGUUUCUCAUGGAAAAGUUUUGGUGAUAGGCGGAGGAGUCGUCGGACUCAACGCAGCAAAAACCGCUGCAGGCGUUGGAGCCACGGUCGUCAUCUUAGAUAAAAAUCUCGAAAGAUUGAGAUUCAUCGACGACAUCCUUCCUCGAAACUGCACGACUCGUUAUUCGAGUGAAGUAGCAUUGAUGGAGGAAUUGCCGACUGCUGACUUGGUGAUUGGCGCAGUUCUUCUUCCUGGGCGACUCACGCCGAAGGUGUUGAGGCGUGUACACUUGCAGCAAAUGAAGCGAGGGAGUGUCAUUGUAGACGUGGCAGUUGAUAAUGGAGGCUGUUGCGAGACUAGCAGACCCACGUCUCACGACGACCCUACGUACACCGUAGACGGCAUUCUGCACUACAGCGUCGCCAAUAUGCCGGGGGCAGUGCCUGUGACAGCAACUGCUGCUUUAACAAGUGCAACACUCCCCCAUAUUCUACAACUAGCCAAUUUGGGCUGGAAAGAUGCAUGCGCUCAGUCUGCACCGUUGCUCAAAGGACUCACUAUCGCUCAAGGCAAAGUGCUGCACAGGGGAGUCGCUGAAACGUUCAACCUCACGCUGUUUAGCUUUAACGAACUCACCCCAGAGCAUUCUGUUCCUGUGAUCGAUGCCUAA